CUCAAUUUCAAAAGCUUUUCGAUUUAUGUUCCUCAAACCUCAAACCGCUCUCGAUUUCAAUCCUCUCCCUUCUCUACUCAAAUUCUCAACAAGAAUCCUAAUCUCUUCUUUCUCAGAAUCUUUUCUUCUCCUUCUUUAACCCUAACCCUAAUGCCGCUGAAAACAAUGCUGAGAGGAGUAGGAACGAAGGAGAAUUCAACGACGGAGGAGCCUCCGCCGGGAACGAAGCCAAUCGAUGCUGUCACAAAGGCAACGACGGAGCCUCCGAUGACGACGGAGGAGCCAUCAGCGUCGAAGCAAAAUCCGGUCGUAAUUGAGGGAAGAGGAGUUGAAGAAGAACAAAUCCCGACCAUAAUCACGACCGUAGUGGAAGAAGGAGAGAAGUCUGACAACAAUGAGGAAGAAAAUUCUGAGAAGGAUGAGAAAGAAGAGAGUGAAGAAGAAGAGAGUGAAGAAGAAGAGAAAGAAGAAGAAGAGAAAGAGGAAGAGGAGAAAGAAGAAGAGGGGAAUGUUGCCGGAGGAGGAUCCUCCGAUGAUAGUAGUAGAACCUUGGGCAAAGAGUCCUCCUCCGAUGAGAAUAUGGAUGAUGAGACUGCAGUGGGAAAGCAAGUGGAUAUUCCGGCGGCUAUGAAGAUCAACGAGAUGGGCCAAGAGAAUGAUGGGGAUCCGAAAGAGAAGGAUGGUGAUCUAGAGAAAGAUGGUGAUCAAGAGAAGGACCCGAAAGAGAAGGACCCAAAAGAGAAGGAUCCGAAAGAGAAGGACCCAAAGAGAAGGACCCGAAUGGUCCUUCAAAACCCGUGGAAGCAAACUUCACAAGAAGGACCACUCAGAGAACCAAGAGUUGAAUUUGGUUGUACUUGUUAGGAUUUGAAUUUGGAAUGUUUGGUUUUAGGAUUUGAAUGUGGUUUGUUUUGUUUGGAUUUGACUCCGGAUUUGUUAUGUUAGGAUUUGA